AUGUCUAAGUGGUGGAAUCGUUAUUUUGAUGAGACUCCUGUUAAGGACUGGACCAUUUUUCACUUUCAUAAAAGCUGGAUUGACUCUCACAGAGGGGAUGUUGAAGAACUAACUUAUAGUAAGGCAACGGACGCAUUUGUUAAAAGUCUCCAGGCGAUUGUUCAACGAAGCUCAGACAUUUCAAAAAUAUGGAAAGCUAGCUCUCUUCUAGCCGAUCUUCGGGCAAGUACUUUUUUAUACGGGAAUGUCCUUCGCGGUGUUCUUUUUGAAGACUGCGUUGAGGCAUGUGUGCUUUUUGCCACUCCUCUGACGAUCUUUUUGAUUGUUAUGAAAAAGAAUCAACGUAACGCAAGAAGCGAUAUUGAUAAACUGUGGCUUGAUGUUGAAAAAAUUCUCCGCGAAAAGAUGAUCAAUACAGGAACAAAUAUUCAGUUUAUAAAUUCAUCAUGCGAUAAUAUACAGAUUAGUAACGUUGGAAAUAAACGAACUCGUGAAAAAGAGAACGAGACACCAUCAAAAAAAUUUGUCAACGACAAUCCCUCUUUAAACCAGGAUGUGGGUGAGCAUCAUGGAGAAAUGUCGUCAUCAGAG